AUGCCAUGGCAGAAGGAAUUCACGCUUUCCUCCCGCGGCAAGGGCUGCCAUCUCGUCACGAGCGAGGUGGAGCGCGAAAUCGCAGAGGGACUGCGAGGAUGCAAGAUUGGUAUUCUGACCCUGUUCAUCAAGCAUACCUCUGCCGCACUCACGCUCAACGAAAACUACGACCCGACGGUGCGAACAGACAUGAAUAUGGCCAUGGACCACAUCGUCCCCGAUCAGGGCGCGAUCAAGUGGGAGCACACGGACGAAGGCGCAGACGACUCUUCGUCGCACCUGAAAACCGCACUCUUCGGCACGACCGUGAUGGUCCCCAUCACAGACGGCCGACUGAACGUGGGGACAUGGCAGGGUGUUUACCUGUGCGAGUGGAGGAAGAUGAAGCACUCUCGUAAGGUCGUCGCUACGAUCCUGCCGUGA